UUUUUGCGAUUGCGUUCUUUUUUUUCUUGAUUUUAUUUGUCUGGGGGCGUAGAGGGUAGCGGUAUUUUCUGACGCGGAUAGAGAUAUGCGCAUUCGCACAACAGUUGUGUUUUUUGUUUAGCUACAGUAGCUCCUGCGCCUUAAUAUACGCAGUCCACUGGAUCUACGCGAGUAAUUUACUCGCCUUUGUUUAUGUUUUAUUGGGUUAUCGCUCCUAUUGCUAUUCUCGUUGAGGAUAAGCUUGUUGAACACGAGCUGAAGAUUUUUGUGUCACGGCUUUAACCCGACGAUUGAGCUUCAUUUUCACCUCGUUGCGCUCAACAUAUGAGCUCGAGCCAACUUCAACUUCACAGUAGAUCAUUGGCGGUAGGAGCUGAAAGAUUCAAAAAGUUAUGAGCUGCGAAGGCAUACCGCCGCCAUUACUCCUGCAGGAACGAAUACAAAGCCCAAGCAGACCAUCGCGGGUAAGACUCUUCAAUAUUUCACUAUGUCAUUUUGAUUCCUUCUAUCAGGGACGAGUUGUCGACAACGUAAAAAGUAACUGCACCUAGUCAGAAGAUCUGUGCUGUCCUUGUGUUGAAACACAACUGAAAAAUACACCAGGCCGAGCAGUGCAGCGACGCAGCGAAUCCCGGGCGGGAGACGACAUCAGAGAACACAUCAAAACUUGAAGCAUCAGCAGGAACUAAUCAGCAUGGCGCCGUAGAAGCGGUUCCCGGACGCCUUUCCGAAAAGGUGGAAGACACGGACGAAAAUUUGGACCCGUUUAGCGCCGCAGACCGCCAGCCCCCCGCGAUGCCGUUGACUUCCAGCGAGGAAAAUAACUUUCUACGAGGCGGUGCCGUUGAACAAAGAAGACCGAAUACAACAGACGAGCGUCAGGUUAUUCAUCUCGGUCUUUUGCCACCGCGCGAACAGGUCCAAGACCUUCUGGUUGCGGCAGUUGGCUACAACGCUGCCGAGCAGGAGGCGCUGGAUUCUAUCCUGAGCGCACAGGACUACGAGCACCUGACUUGCUCUGCAGGCACGACGGAAUCCUACGCAACCUGCGCUGAGAAUGCGCCUGAAGUGGAUGCUCUUGACUCCGCAGCUGUGACGAGUAGUGCAGCGCUCUUGCAGCUUCCGUUUCGGUCUGCUGCUGCAGCUGGUAGCAGUUCUGGUUCUGGAGGUGAAGUAAAACACGCAGAUGAUCAUGAUCAAGAAGACAGCCCUUCCCGCGCCAAACCGGCGUGGGUUGCGAAAGCCACGAUGAGGACAAAUUCCAACCCGUCCCCGUCUGUGGUUGAUGACAACGUCGUUCAAGCGGAACAGGUGGAAGUAGACGCGAGCGGACUUAGCAGGGCGGAACAGGACGAGUUCGAGUUCGAGUUGCAAGUCGAAGCUGACCCGAAAAAUGCAAGCUGCACAUCAUUGCAGGGAGCACGGCGCGCGGAGGUCGCAGUUGCAAGAGUCGGCGCCGCCAGGAGCGAAGAUGAGGACAUGACUCCCCCGGGAAGCUGCACAGUGCAAAACACCGAUCUACCAACAACGCUGCUUGCAGAAGUCGCUGCCGCGGAGAGAAAAAUGCACGAGAACCUUCUGCUUGAGGCGGGAAAUGGUAAUGAAACAAAUGACGUGGAAUUGAUUCCGCUGCUCACUGAAGCGGACUUGUUGAUGCAUUCUUCAGAUGAGGCGCCGGCGUCUAGGUCUAGCGCACCCGUUCCAGCGGAGAUGCAGAACGUAAGUAGAAACUAUGCCGCUGUGCCUUUGCGCUUUCGCUUUUAUUUAUUGUUUUUUUGGUUCCUCGACUCCCAUGCAGCCAUUUGCAUUGCAAUUCCUGCUGAUCCUGAUGAAGAUGUGGAUGAUCCCGUUUAACUGUAUCGACAACAAGCAGAUGAAUUAAUAGAGGAGCUGCUAGUACAAGUUGUAUUAAUUUGCAACACCAUAUAAAACUAACAGCAAGGAGCUUCCUGCUCGUCCGACGAGUGUCUCGACGAGAAUGACAAAAGACGGGUACGGUUCGUAAUGGAACCGGAGAUGUGUUCCCCGGCCUCGUCGCAACUGCAGUCCAAGUCCUCAACUGGUGACGCAGCAGCGACACAAGAACAAGAAGGGGCGGUUGCUCCAGUCGCACCUGCUCCCAUUUCUGAAAAUGAGCCAGCCCCAGCGUCGCGAGGCGAGGCACUCGAUGAUAACGUUCCAGUUGCAGUCGACGAGCAGCCUGACGUAGAUGAUACCCCUAGCGUUACCGUCACCAUUACUACGGAAGCUGGAAAAGGAGGCAGGCGGUUUGCUUCUUCAUCAUCGUCUUCGCAGCUGCAGCCUGUCAAAGCGCGCGGGAAGGGAGGCGCGAAGGGCCGGAAGGGAGCCGGACCGUCGUCCUCUGCGACCGUUAGGCAAGUCGGGAAGAAUAUGUCGACAUCAGUGGUCACCACCGCCAGCUCCAGCAGCGCAGCUUCGAAGCGUGGUGCUUCGACAAGAAGCUCCUCGCGCCCCGCGUCGACAACUUCCAGGUCGCCACAAGCCUCGCCGGCCGUUGCCUCGCCAACGAAUAAGCGCGGUGGCAGUUCUUUGGUCUCAAGUGUUACGGCUGCUUCGAGAUCGCCUCCACCCAAAAGGGGCCACCAUCCAUCAAACACGAAUGGUGCAGCACCAGGAAGUGGUACUCCUUCAGGGAAAAAGGCUUCAUCGGUACGGCCGUCAGGUCGACCCACUUCUGUUAGUAGAGCAGAGUCCUCCAGCAGAUCGCCCGGAAAGCAAGGAGUGAACAAGCGCUCUCCGUCGCCCGCAAAAGCGCCAAACUCCAAUCACGCAGCCGAGCGCGAAGGUGGGCAACUGAAGAAGUCCGCAGAGCAUCUCGGCGGCCUUCUCGCCUCCUAUCAGCCCGUUGUUUCGAAACUUCGACAAGCAGACAUGGAGUACCUACAAACGCUCACUGGAGUGUCACCAACAGCGGAUGCUACGUCGAAGAACGUCACUCAUCCAGCAUUAUCUCGCGAUGCGGCGUCCGGCUCCCGACGGACAAGCACGGCAGAUCUGUAUGAGCUGACCCGCAACGGCAAACCUUCGCCGCAGACACUGAAAGCGAAGAAACCCGCUGCGAACAAAGCUCGCGCAAGAGUGGGUCCCGCGGUGGCGGUGACGCGUCAGACGCCGGUUCUGCUCGCUCAGCAGGGCGCGAGCAAGUCGAAGACUGACUCUCCUUUAAAGACGGAAGAUCAAACCACGAAUACCCCCCAUCAAGAUGGUAACUUGUUUGAUGAGGCGGUGGCGGUCGACGAGGACGGCGAGCCGGAUGCACCGGAAGCUUGUGGUGAGCGGCAAGAUCUUGCGAGCCCGGCAACAGGAAAGGUCGCAGUUUUUGCCGAAGAUGCAGCUGGUGAGCAAGAUGUGUCCCACGAUGUUGUCGUCGGAGAAUUGAGUUGCACCGCAGAUAUUAACGAGCAACUAGAACAGCCGCACCUUCAGAUUGUAGUGGACCAAUCGGAGUCAUUUGCGGAACAAGACGAAGCCGCUGAAUCUGCUGCCGACGAACACGCGGCUACAGCAGUUUUUGCCACAGUAGAGACGACGAGAAAGUACCAGCAGGAGUUCGUGCGCGCCGAGCCCAAGAGCUCGUACACCACAAUCGAUGAGAACGACUACGGAACCAUUUUCGGCCUUGACACUAUCGACAACUCCCGCCCGGUGUCUAGCACAGCAUCGAGAUAUCGUGUUGCUGGAGAUCGCGUCCCGGUGCUGCCUGCGCCGCAGGAGCACGAGGAGGUGGAUCCUGCGUCUUCAAUAAAUGGAAAUGCAGCAGCUGCAAAUAACGAUCCAGAAGCAUCACCUACGGGAACGGUGACGCAGGAAUUCGACGGCGUAGUGAUCACCGAUCUCUUGCGAACCAAGGAGCGAGCCGAGCACUACUACAUUGGAAGCAGCUCGCACUCUCCUGCCGACAACGGUUCGACGAGCGAAACGCAGCAAUUUGCGGUGCCAUGUGACGCUCUUGCGGCUGGCGCAGGUGAAGUGUCUGGGGGAACGUCAGCUGAGAAUCGGAUUAGCGCGCAGGAGGUCCCAGUUCCUCCGCAAACAAUUUUGACGCCAUUGGACACCUGCGAAAAUAACGCACGGCACUUUCAGUACGAGAACAAAACCGGGGAGCGACCCACAAGCCUUCGGGUGCCGAGGUUGGAUUUGAGUCCCGUUACUUUGGCGGUCAAUACCUCCUUCAGCCGGAGUACCAGCCCAGCACCGCUAAAGCAGCUGGUGUCGCCCUCGUUCGAGCUCUCAAAGCACUUCGAGCUGAAGCCGUUCAAAAUAGCUGCGGCGGUAGGGUGCGAGCAGGGGCAGCGCAUGGUCGCGGGAGUAAAUGAGAUUCAGAUUGGAAAUUCAAUCCUAGCGUCGAGAACUAGUUGUACCCAGAAUCACGACAACUGGAGCUGCAGUCCAGCUAACGCUAACGACAAGGUUCGGGAAGGAGAGCCAAGCAAAAGCCUCAGCAGCUCUUGGUGCUCGCCCACACCAGGUGUAGGUUCUUCCGCCCGCGUUCUUCUUGGGGAAGAGGGCGACGAAAGUUGCGGUCAUGGAGGAGCAUUUUUAGAAAAUGGUCAUGACUAUGGAGAACCCGUGCAUGAUGAUCGACAUGCUGGCGAGGAACAAGAUCAAGGGGAGCAGUCCCAGGUCGUGGAGCAGAUUCGCCGAAACAGCAGAGAGAUCAAUGCUGAGGCGCCGGAAACGUUGAGCAGCAACGUGCUCUUUCACGUGUCCUCGCAGUCGCAGGUCCUCGCAUGUUCGUCGAGUAGUACCUCGCCCAGCAAUCCCGUUAUGGACGUCAGCAUGAAGCUGGCAGACGAACAAUUGACAACGUCGACAAAGAAGUUCAAGCAGAACACCUCAACUUCGCCUGUUGCUGCCCGCCAGCACGACCAUGGAACUAGCAAUAACUUAUCACCGGCACGGUCAAGGAAGAUGGGUACGCGGAGUCCAGCCGCGGGGCGACAACAUGGCGGUGCGCUGAUGAAAAGUCAGUCGCCGAAACGCGCGCCGUCGCCCUGCUCACCAGUUUUAGCAACGCAAGCUGGCAAAACUAACAGGAAUAAGGUCCUUGCGGACGGAGAAAACGCAAGGAAACACGACCAACAUCAUCAUGCAUCCACACUCGCUGCGAAGGGAAGUUCAGGUAGCGGAGUGAAGCCGACGUAUCUCGCCCCAGCGAAUGCCUUACGUGGGACUGACGCCAGCAGCGCCUUUCUGUUUGUAGAAGAUCCGUACUCUGCCGUGGCGAGCGGGCGACGCGGAGACUUCACGCCGCCAGUUCGAGGCAGUGCGCCGUUUGAUAACAAUUUCAACAACAAACUACGCCCUUCCAGCGUUGUGACCACCGCGAAGAAAUUGCAACCGGCUCUUGCGGAGCCCGUUCGCGUUUGGCAGAUGAACCACAAUUCAGCAGAACAACGAGCAGGGGCUUGGCCGCGGUACAGUUUGGGCAGUGCUUCUGUUCUCAAGCCGGCUGUUCUUCCGACAGCAGCCGCAGUGCAACCUCGCAGCAUGACGCAGGCUCCAGCCCUUCUGUCGCGAAACACGAUCGGAAUCACCCGCCCGACGGCGGCUGGGUUGACGCGGGCAGUGAGCGUGCCAAGCUUUCUGCUCCAACCAUUUCCUGCACCCGGGGUUGCGGUCGCAGUCACGUCAACAUCGAAACAGUUUGUGGCAAAUAACGCUGCAAAUAUUAAGGUGCCCACGACAAAUCAACCACCACCAGCAAUGAGCACGCCUCGUACACCUGAGCAGAAGACCCGUGCAAGCACGGCUGCUCUGGCCGUCACGCCAGGCAGUGCCUUCGAGACUGCACCAGCCACAGAUGUCGCGGAGGCAAAUGUGGGCGUCGCUGCUGCAACCGAGAAUAAACUGAAGAAGUGCGUCGAUCACGUUGUGAAAAGUUCGGAAACUCCAAUCGGAAAUCGAAGCGCGUCUUCUGGUGCGGUCGGCUUUUCUUCGCGCCUUCCAACAUUUGCCAACACCGUGGGUCGACUCUUGUCGGCCGUAAGCGGAAGCGUGACCGUUUCGAAGACCACGACCUCUGCGCCUUCUACCGGCCGCUGCCAAACGCCUCCACUGCCCGCGGCAACGACCCGACACACGGCCGGGAGCAGGUUGAAAGGACAACUUCCCGUGACCACGUCGGUGAUGACGCCGCCGCUGCCCGUGCACGUCGCGAUUGAAAAUUGGUCUAACGGGCUACGCUCCUCAGGAACAAUGGGCACGACGAGCGAAGGAGUUCUGCCAAGCGCUGUUGCAAAAAGCUCCGCUGCUUCAACCUUAGUCAAGAAUAAAGGUGCGCUGUCAACGACAGUUAGUGUCGUCAGGGUGAAGAACAAACAAGCUCCAGCAAGUAGAAGUGUAUCACCCGCAGCACGACGCAGUGCCAGCCCGAAACCGAAAGGCAAGAAGGUGGGCGGCGCUUCUCCAGCGAACAAGCAGAUUGUCGUAGAAAAAUCGGGGCCUGAAACCACGACACAGCAAGAACAGCCACAGCCCGCGGUGAUCCGGAGUGCGUCCUCACCUAACUACAACCAGCAAGGUAGCUCGUUGAAGGGCUUGCUUCGGGGUAAGAAGACUGCGUUUCCGCACCUUCAGAUCAGAGAUACCUCGCUCACUCGGCUUACGCGCAUGAAUUUCAGAGAUUACCGCGACGUUUCCCCGGUGCUUGGUUUGAAAAGUCGGAUUGCUGGUAAGAACGGUGGUCUCGAAGAAGAAAGUGAAGUGCCAGUAGGAAAGGACGAAGGCCACGGCAUGCCAUCUAGUAACCUUCAUCUGCGGCCGCAGGGCAUGCAACUGAAGGAGAAGGAACAAGAUGAAAAGCCUGCAUCUGUUGAGAAACCACGGGAAAUCUCGUUACCCCGAUCGGCCUCGAGGACGGAACCAGAGGUUGAAAAGGCUGAACAAGGCGCCAGCCUCACGCAGUACUCGCAUGCGCUUAAGCCGUUCAAGCUGUCGGCAACGAUUCGGCACAAGUCUAAAAAUCUGAUGACCACCGGGUCACUGUCGACAAAAGUCGCGUUGCCGGCGGUAACGCUGUCAAAAAUCCCGCCACUGCACCUGGCAACAAGCGGAAGCGCGAGGCUGCGUUCCUCUUCCUCACCAGCGAAGCAGGAAGACGAAAAAACUGCAGCCCCCGCGAUUGUAGUUGACGGCAGCACAGCAUGCGUAGACGCAGCAACAGGAGAUAAGGAUGAACGUGGUUGCACAUCUACUACUUCUUCACGACAACCACUCAAUUCCUCAGCUCGCAACUCUGAGCAGGGUGCAUCUGCAACUGCAUCCAAGUCGGAAAAUGCGAAUGACGAAGCGAGCGUGAGUCUAGGCGCGAUGAGCCCUGGGAGCUUCUUCGGAAAAUACAAUCGGCAAUUUAAGGAAAUGAAUCAGGAUUGGAAGAACAAGCUCGAGGAGAUGGAGGUGAACUGCCAGAAAACCGAGGAAAAAGCCGCUGCUGUCGCCACACCGACAAAAGCAGAAGAUGGAACUGCUGGAGUCCACUACAGCGCUGAAGACCCAAAAUUGCAAGGACUGCAGCAACAGCAGCAACCUCCUCUCAUGUACUACGCAGAAGCUCCCACCAGUGCCGUUGUUCCGACCUCCAGCGCUGUGCCGAUCAUCGAAAGUGAUGAGGCUGCUCACGAGGACCACCACAUCGUCGAGAAGAAGACCGCGGCCGGAUCAUCGAAGCAGGGGUUUUUGGCAACUGCGAUGUCUUCCUUUUUUGGAGGCGGAAGCCAAGGGAAGGACGAAAAGGAUCAAAUAAGCCAAAGCGGCGGGGACGACGCGAAAACGAAUCAAAAACCGGUACCCGUUGUAGUUGCGCCGGGAGCUGCGGUUUGCGCACAUGGCACCGGAGUAUCAUCCGUUGCCGACGAAGGGGAUGAAAGCAACACUUUUCAUCCGCUUUUGAGAACGGUCGAAACCAAGACCAGUGCAAUUACCAGUGCUGCUACCUCGCCGGUUUUGUUCACCGCCCAGACUGCUUUACCGACCUCAUCAACCACGGUUGUUGCGUCUUCUGCACCGUCUUCUCGGGCUGGUCAGCAGCAAGCACCAACAACCACCGCGGAGACGAAGAAGAACGCAAGUGGGCUGAAAGCGCCGGCAUCUCUGGCGCAGGCAAGUUCCAUUACACUCCCCCGGGCCUCCAGCGCCGCGCUCGCAGCGGUCGGUAGCAGGGUCAAGGAAACACUGAAUAACGCUACCAUUGGUCGUGGCGUUGUCAAGGGCAGCGGCGUGGUUGCCGCAGCACCAGCAGGAGAGAAAGAAGUUCCUUCCUUGCCAUCGGCACCAGAUGUCCGCGAGGAGGAUGAAGUUGCGACCACCGAAACUGCUGCCACCCAUCAGAAGACCGGCAACACUGUUCGUUUUCAGUUGCCGGCCCCCGGAAUAGCGACGGCCUCUGCACCCGCGUUCGCGAGUCAUCAAGUCAAGGGCAGCACAGCUGUCGCGCCUCUCAGUUUUCAGAGUAGACUAGCUACAACCUCUGUGUCAUCUACUUCUUCGUCCUUGAAACUGACUCCAUCUGCCUCCCGACUUGGUCCGGUGCAGCAGCAGCUGAUCCGUCCGGAGUUGGCGAACUAUUUGUUCAAUUUGUGGCAGACGGGAAUCCCGCUGACAAACACGCAACAACAGCAGUUAAAACUCUACCUGGAAACCAACUACAAAUCUGACGAACCAGCAGCGGCCGCGUCUCCUCUCGGCCCCCCGUCCGUUUCGGAAUUGAACGGGGCAAGCAGUCCCGUGGUGGCGCCGGCUCUGUCCAUGUUUCGGCCAGACGAGAGCGACGAUCCCGUGGACCAUGCCAUUUACGACUGCAUUUUGGGUUGUCGCGAAAAAAAUCCCGGCGUGGAGCUGCACGUGCAGAAGCUGAGCCAGGGCAUGUACCGGUUUGGGCUGCGCGAAACGCUCUGCGACAUCGACCCCACGGUCCAGCUGCGCAGUCGGGGAAAGAACACGUUGGUGCGCGUCGGUGGCGGUUGGGAACCCUUGCGCAACUACUUAGCGAAGAAAUUUGGGAUCGACAUGGAGACGUGAAAAAUUUAUAAGGUUUUUUGCAACGAGCUGCAUUUUCUUGCACGGUGAUAGAUUCAUCAACAGUCGGAGUCGAUUCACGGUCUGCAGUACGUACAGCUAGUUGUUUGUCUGUAACUGUUUUGUCCGCACAGAGAAAUCCUGUAGCACUGGUUGUGGUUGCAUUUUUACAAACUGCGUGUCGUACUCGCAGCAGGAAGUGGUUCUCCGCAUGACAAAGACAAAGUAAGGAGCUGUGCUUUUUGUUGAAACUGAGAGGCAUCAUGACGAAUGGUUGACGUUGAUACCCAUGCUUCAUUUUCGAGUUUUCAAUUUCUGCUUUUCCUUGUACUUUUCGUUUGUGCUCUGACUCUAAACGCAAACUAGUACGAAACUUAGUCUACUAACUUUGUCACUUUCUUGAAUAUUAGAAAUAGAACUGAACCUUUCGCAGAGUCGUGGCCAUGACUACAUCGCUGGCUUUAGAGAAGAUAUUUUUACCAAGAAGAAGAAUACAAACAAUGAGCGACUUGUGUAUCAAACGUUAUAGAACACCAACUGCAUUCUUCUACUAGUCCUGGCCUCCGUGUAACGAACUUAACACUAGGAACUCGCAUCACGUAGCUAACUCUUCCAGGUGUAACAAGACCGCCCCACCACAAAAGCCCCUAGCUAGAGAGCGGGGCGGGGGAAGGUUGGGGGGCGGGCGGGGCACCCCAGUGUUACCGCAGGGGCUUGGUGGGGCGGGCCCUCUGUUUAACCACGGAGAGGGGCGGGGGCCCCCUGCGUUCGUGGCCUGCGCCCGCAAGGGCGGGUGGUGGUGGCCCCCUGCUUUCCCUCUAGCGGGUGGGCGGGUGCGAAGCAAAGGCUCCCUGCCUUCCCAAGCGAGCGACCGACCGAACGGGGCGGGGCCCCCCGGCGGGUGGAGGAGAAGGGCCGGCGGGAGGAAGUUGGCUGGGGGGCGGGGGCCCCCUGUGUUCCUUGGCGCGGCUGAGAGGGUGCGAAGCUGGGGCCCCCUGCGCUACCACGGGGAUUGGCGGGGGCCGCCCGCCUCGCCAUUGAGAGGGGCGGGGGCGGGGCGGGGGGGCCCCCUGUGUUCGCGGCCUUUUGCGGCAAAGCUUCCUUGGGGAUGGGGCCGUCUGUGUUUCCCCUAGCUAGCGGGCGGAAGGGCGUGAAGCGGGGGCCCCCUGCCUUCCCUAGUGGGCGACGCACGGACCGGCCCGCCGGGCUUGGGGCGCCAUGCGCGCGGGCGGGGGGGGAUGGAAGUGGUCAGGGUCUCCUUUGGCAACAAACGAACCAAAGGCGGGGGGUGGAGGCCAGUGGUGGGCCAGAUAUCGACCGGGCGGCGGGCCGGGUCCGAAGGAAGGAACGAAGGCGGGGGGCCCGAGUUGGUUCGCUAGCCCCCCGCCCCCAGACGGCGCGGCGCAUACGAAAGCCCCAAUCCCCCCCCUGCCGCCGUGGUUUAAAGCUAGCGCCGCUCGGCCCUUUUUUUAUUUUCGCGGCGGGCUUCGGUGGCGCCCCCCUUCUUCGCACCCCAGUCAGGGCCGGAUGGGCCCGGGCGUCGGUCCGUGGUUUGUCUGGCGCCAGCCUGUUUCUUUGGAUCGCACGCGCGCCGACCCAUGCUGGCCAUCUAAUGAGGUGAGCCCAAGCAACAAAGUGGGCCCGGCCCGCCCGCCUUGCCGGGGCGGGGGGCGCCAAGCUUACUAAUCCGCAAGCGCGCCGCCUUCGCCCGGGCAACCACCCUCGCACAGCGGAAAUACCCGGGGGCCCAUCCCUUUGGCCGCGGGGAAAGCGCGUAGCCGCCGCAUCUCGGUACUUUGCCGCGCACGGGCCUAGGUUGGCACGCAGGCAAGCGGGCGCCCAUCGGCCCCUUCUCUUUUUGCCGCGCACCCACCCCAAGGAAGGAAGGGGCCCCGGCCUUCUGGUAUUUGACAACGGACAAAGGCAAACGAAUCCGCGCAGCUUGGUAAGGUUUUUGCUUCUUUGCGUGGAUGCUGCAAAAGGCCGCGGAAGGACGGGCGCCCGGGCAUGCCGCCCCUUCCCUCUUCUGCAUUGCCCGCCGCGCCAUCUCUUCCUGUCUGAUGUUCCCGCCCCCUUUGCCUGGGCAUCCGAUUGGGCGCGCGCCGCCCCCGGGCGCCAUUGUCGAAGCGGCCGCGCGGCAACUUGUUCCGCCUUUCCUAUCACCUCGCGCGCCCCUUGCAUGCCCCACGCGCACGCCCAAGGCCUUUCGUUCCUGCUUGGACCAAUGCAAGGGCGGGCGCGCGGGGCCCCGCGAUUUCGGCUCGAUCGGGCGGCAAUUGGCCACCCGAAGUGCAGGCGGGCGCGCCCGCGGCCCGCCGGGCGGUCCCGGAGGCCCUGCCCUAGAGCGGCCCGCCGCCCUUUCUUUAUAUUUAUUGACUAUUUUCUUUUGCCGCGCCUGUUUUUCGUUGUGCGCAGAUCUCACUCCUUGUUUUCCGGUGCGGCAGUGAAGUUCUUUCUUCUUUCACAAUCGACGGGAAGAACAAAUACAAUGCUUGCCCCACGACGCAGUCGUGGGGAGUGGUUCUUAUUGACUAUUUUCUUUUGCCGCGCCUGUUUUUUUCCGCAGCGCGGUUUUUAGCAGAGGUAUUCUGGCGACCCUACCUCGGGGCGGGCGUAUUGGGGGAGGGGGGCAGUUGGGGGCAGGAAAUUAUGGGGCAGGAUGAUUGCAGGAUGCGAAGUUGCAGGAUGCGAAGUUGCAGGAUGCGAAGUUGCAGGAUGCGAAGUUGCAGGAUGCGAAGUUGCAGGAUGCGAAGUUGCAGGAUGCGAAGUUGCAGGAUGCGAAGUUGCAGGAUGCGAAGCUGCAGGAUGCGAAGCUGCAGGAUGCGAAGUUGCAGGAUUUCCGCCAGAGGUCGCGGCCCCGGAGUUGGUUGAGGUCGCGGAGUUGGUUGAGGUCGCGGAGUUGGUUGAGGUCACGGAGUUGGUUGGGGUCGCGGAGUUGGUUGGGGUCGUGGAGUUGGUUGGGGUCGUGGAGUUGGUUGGGGUCGGGUAGUUGGUUGGGGUCGGGUAGUUGGUUGGGUGUUGCGAGUUGGUUGAAGUGUUUUGUUUUUUUUUGGCCUUAUUAACAUUUUUCACCGUACAACUACAAGUUUUUUGUUUCAGUUGCAAAGAUUUUUUAGUCUGUCUCUGUACUUCUAAAGCCAACGGUGACGGUACUCAAUGGUGUCGCUUCAAAAGUUAUGAAAUUUGGUCGUUUUGGAUACAUAUUGUUUGAAGAUGGGGUAUGCGUAUGACGGUUUCAGAUGCUUGGCAACUACAUGAUAUUUUCAAUAAUUUACGUUUUCACAUUGUAUCAAUUUUUGACGGAAUCUAGUUUCAUCUUAGAUUGGGUUGCGAGUAAAAACAUGACAUCUGUUAUUUGCAGCCCUGAGUUUCUCUUUUUCUACUUCAUCAUGUCUAUAAAUUUGAUGCUGGUAUUUGGUGAAACUGAAGCGAGGAGGACGACUACAAUACAAUAAAUUUGACGCAAAAGUGAAACCAAAAAACUCUGAGAACAAACAAGAAAAUGAGAGCUUUCUCAUAGCCAAA